AUAGGACUACUGUCUAACACACACACUUCCCUUUUUGCUUGCCUGGAUACGAGAACCAUCCGGGAGACAAAUUGAGUCAGGAGUCACAUCCUCAAUAUGGAAUAAAUGAGACAGGGUCCCCGUCAUGUGAUGAGAGGCGCCACUAUCAAUCAACCAUUCACACGCGGUAAAAGUCAUAUUGGUAUAUCAAUGUGAUGGUGAUGUUUGACACCAAACAAAACCCUUUCAAAGCAGUAGCACCCCCACACCUUUUUUUUGCAAACGGACAAACAGAAACAAAUGUAAUCUCUGGACUUCACAAAUACUGCAAACAGAUAAAGAUAAGGGACCGGCUGGCUGAGGGAGGCGAUCCGGCGUGCGACCGGAAAGAGGCCUGCGACCAAGCUUCUGCGACAUGAUGGAUGAAUUCUCCUGCGACCGAGCUUCUGCGAUCCGGCGUGCUACCGGAUGGAGGCCUGCGAUCGGCGGUGAGAGAGACGGAGACGGGCUGUCGAAUUUGGGAACCAGCGACUGGAUGAGCUUCUGCAACGGCGGCUGGACGAAUUCUUCAGAGACGGCUGCUGGAGUGCAUCCGUCUAUUUUCUGCAAGACUUCGACAAAUGGAGCCGGCGACACGAGAUUGGGCCGACAAUUUGGAACUUUGGCCGGCAAUACGCGAUUGGUACAGACAAUCGGAACAGGAACAAACAAACUAGGUUUAAGAAAAAUCCCAAGAAAGACACCCUGAUGCCAUGUAGAAUUUUGGGAAUGAAAUUGGUUGAGUUUC